GAAAAUCUCUUGGACACGGAGCUUUUGGAAAGGUGGUACAAGCAUCUGCUUUUGGAAUUAAGAAAUCACCAACAUGCAGAAUAGUUGCUGUGAAAAUGCUGAAAGAAGGGGCCACAGCAAGCGAAUACAAAGCACUGAUGACUGAGCUGAAAAUCCUGAUCCACAUUGGUCAUCAUCUCAAUAUUGUGAAUUUGCUGGGAGCUUGCACGAAAAAUGGAGGGCCUCUGAUGGUGAUUGUGGAAUACUGCAAGUAUGGGAAUUUAUCAAACUACCUAAAGAGCAAGAGGAAUUUUUUCUGCCCUAACAAGGACUCCUCUCUGCAAGGAGAGCCAAUGAAAGAGAAAAAGGAUAUUGAGCUGGUGGAAGGCAAAAAACAAAGGCUGGCCAGUGUCACCAGCAGCGAGAGCUUCGCAAGCUCUGGGUUCCAGGAAGAUAAAAGUCUGAGUGAUGUGGAGGAGGAUCUUGCAGAUGCUGAUGAGCUCUACAAGUUGCCCCUCACUAUGGAGGACCUGAUUUCUUACAGCUUUCAGGUGGCCAGAGGCAUGGAGUUCCUGUCCUCCAGAAAGUGCAUUCAUCGUGACCUGGCAGCCAGAAACAUCCUUUUAUCUGAGAACAAUGUCGUGAAGAUCUGUGAUUUUGGCCUUGCAAGAGAUAUUUAUAAGAAUCCUGAUUAUGUGAGAAAAGGAGAUGCUCGACUUCCUCUCAAGUGGAUGGCUCCAGAAUCCAUAUUUGAUAAAAUCUACAAUACAAAAAGCGACGUGUGGUCCUACGGGGUCUUGCUGUGGGAGAUAUUUUCCUUGGGUGCCUCUCCUUAUCCUGGAGUCCAAAUAGAUGAGGAUUUCUGCAGCAGACUAAAGGAAGGCACAAGAAUGCGAGCCCCAGAGCAAGCGACCGAGGAGAUCUACCAAAUCAUGCUGGACUGCUGGCAAAGCAACCCCAGUGACAGACCAAGGUUCUCCGAGCUGGUGAAGAAGCUGGGUGACCUGCUGCAAGCAAACGUCCAGCAGGAAGGCAAAGACUACAUACCCCUCAAUACGAUAUUUACAACAGAAAGUGGGGCACUUGAUCCUUUGUGCAAUGAAAGUUUUUCUGUUACGAGCUCAAGUUGUGGAAGCACUGAAAACGUCAGAUACAUAAACACUUUCAAAAUAAAACCACCCCAGCGCAUAAAGACAUUUGAGGAGCUCCCCAUCAAAGAAAGGCUUGUAUUUAAUGAUUACCAAGCAGACAGUGGGAUGGUGCUGGCUCCAGAAGAACUGAAACGCUUCACAUGGACAGGCAGCAAGCAGAAACGGACACUCUUUGGCGUGAAAGGUGCCAGCAGGAGCAAGGAGUCGGUGCUUUCUGGAAUAACUAAGCCAAGAAGCUUCUGCAGUUUCAGCUGUGACCAGCUCAGCGACUCCAAGCGAAGAUAUACAUACGGUAAUGCAGUGCUGGAGAAAAUGAAAGCAAGCCAUUCUCCCCCUCCUGACUACAACUCUGUCAUCCUUUAUUCUCAGCCACCCGUUUAA